CUGUGUAAUAAGUUUAAAAAUAAAAAAAAAACAUUAAAAAAUCAAUUUAAAAAAAUGGAAAAUGAAAGUGACAGUCUACUUUUAAAUCUGGAGCCAUAUACACCAAAGGAAAAGUCGGCAUAUGUAAAAAAGAAAAGUAUACAAAAAGAGAAAGGUUAUGAACAGAAAAAAAGUUUUGUAAAAUCGACUCAUUCAAAUUUGAUAAAGUCUAAAAGUCAAUCUUAUGUUGAUCCAGCACAUUUUACUACUAUAUCUUCACUGUUUAAUAAAAAUCCUGAUAUACCUCAAGUUAUUUCAAAUAACAAUGUGAGUAAUGUGGAGGAGGUUGUCUUCAGUUCAGAAAAUGUUUCUGAUCUUCCAAUUUCUGACAGACUAAGAAACAAUUUAAGAGAUCAAUUUAAGUUUAAAUCAUUAACACAGAUUCAGAUGAUAUCAAUACCUCCUCUAUUAAAUGGUAAAGAUGCAAUGAUAAAAUCUCCUACUGGAUCAGGAAAAACAUUUUGUUAUGCUAUUCCUAUUAUUGAUAAAAUUAUUAAAAUGAAGCCAUCAAUAGGGAGACAAGAUGGUCCUUUUGCUCUCAUAAUUGUUCCUACUAGAGAAUUAGCCUUGCAAACAUUCAAUAUUGUGCAAGAUCUUUGUAAAAGUUGCAUUUCAAUUGUUCCUGGAAUGCUUAUUGGUGGAGAAAAAUGUAAAUCAGAAAAAGCCAGAUUGCGUAAAGGAAUUAAUAUAAUAGUUGCAACACCUGGCAGAUUCCAAUAUCAUUUAAAGGAGACAUCUUGUUUAAAUGUCUCCAAAAUAAAAUAUCUUGUUUUAGAUGAAGCUGACAAGCUUUUGAGCAUGGGUUUUGAAAAAACGAUAAAGGAAAUUUUAGGUUUUCUUGAUCAACACAGCAGUCUUAAAAGACAAUCUGUUUUGUUAUCUGCCACUUUAUCUAAAGAUAUUGAAAAUUUAGCUUCAUUAAGUUUAAGUAAUCAUGUUUUUGUUGAUUCUAGUAAAAAAGAUGAUUUCGAUCCUAAAGCUAUUCAUGAAUAUGUUGUUCCUAGUUCUUUAACUCAAUACUUUGUUACAGUUCCUGCCAAGCUACGUUUAGUAACAAUAUUUUGUUUUAUUUGUGAUAAUGCAUUUGUAGAAAAAAAAAAAAUUAUUGUUUUUGUGUCUAACAAAAAUUCUGUUCAUUUCCACUAUGAAGCUCUUAAACUUUUUUUAGCAGAAGUUGAUACACAUUCUGAAAUGUUAUUUAAAAAUGUGUAUAUGCUGCAUGGAGAUAUGACACAAGAGCAAAGAUUCAAAAACUUUGAUUUGUUUAAAGAAUCGAGUUUUGGAGUUCUUUUCUGCACUGAUGUUGGUGCUCGUGGUUUAGAUAUCAAAAAAGUAGACUGGAUUGUUCAGUAUUCUUGUCCAACACAGUUUGAAGAUUAUUUACACAGAGUUGGUAGAACAGCUAGAAUUGGAGAAAAAGGAAAGUCUUUGUUAUUUUUACUUCCUUCUGAAGUUGGUUAUGUAAAAUUUUUAAAUGAUUCUUUAGUUAUUUUAAAUGAAGUUGAUCUAUUCAAUGUUUUAAAGGAUUUUAUUAUCAAGAAGUAUUCUUGUAAAACACAAAACAAGAUUGAGGAGAAAGUUACCUAUUUGCAGAAUAUUAUUGAGCUUGAAUGUACAAAAUCAAAAAAUUUUAAACAACUUGCUAUCUCUGCCUAUAAUUCUUUUAUUCAAAGCUACUCGUCUUACCCAUCAACAGUAAAAGAAAUGUUUCAUGUAAAGAAUUUGCAUUUAGGACAUAUUGCUAAAAGUUUUGGUUUACGGGAUGCUCCUAACAAACUUGUAAAUCAAGUUGCUAUGCAACCUGCAGGUAUCAAAAGAAAACAAAAGAAUGAUGAAGAAAACAAGUUAUUAAAAGAAUCAAAAAAACAAAAGAUGUUAAAACUUAAGGAUGAAGUUAUAUCUGGUCCAAGAACAAAAAAAGAGAAUUCUGCUUUAAAGAAAAAAAAUUCAUCCAAAAAGAAAAACAUUAGAAUAUAAAUUUUUUUAAUACAAUAUUUUUGUUUACCA